GGGAGAAGUGAGGUUUAGGGCUACCUGUGAAAGAAAUCUGUAGAAUCAUUGAAUGUAGGGGGAAAGAGUUGACUACUUUAGAGGUAGGAACUAGGAAGUAUUAUAAUGAAAGUAAGGAUGUGAGUGAGAAUCCCCGAGUAAAUAGAGGCAACCUGCCGGAGUGAUUAAGCAAAACAAACAAGAACAAACGAGAGCAAAGUGGGCAAGCACGCGUUCGUUCUUUCCAUGGAUCAACAAUGGCAGGUCCUAUCGUCAACGCAUCAGCAACACUCCGCUCCCCACAAGGAAAAGAGCAUAAAUAGUAGUUCACCUCACAUAAAGCGCGCAACUUCAACUUUUCCCUUUCCAUCACUGCUCAGAGUCAAGGCUCAUCAAGAUUCAUAAUACCCUGACAGUUGACUUUUGAGAAAAAAAGACUUCCACUCGUCUACCACACCUUCUUCCCCCCGUCUUUGGCCUACCUCCUUCACUUCAAAGCAAAGCAACCUCCACCAUGCGGUUCAGCACUCUCCUCCCCGUCAUGGCUGCCGCCGUCACGGCUUGCCACAAGACAACCGAGUACUUCGACGGCUACAAGUACAUCCUCUCGGGCCCCAAGAACCCCGCCCCCAAGGCCGAGUACGAGAUGGCCGCCGCCCAGACCGCCAUCACUCUCCUCACCGAGCGCCUCGGCGCCAACGCCCUGCUCGACCUCGUGCAGCCCGAAUUCGCCGACCCGCACGACGACCUGCUCAAGGCCCUCCCCCUCAUCAAGGAGCGCAUCGGCGCCGACGGCCUGAUCGACCUCCUCCAGCCCGCCAUCGCCGAAGCGGACGCCUACUGGCACGACGUGCUCGACAAGUCCGGCUCCGGCUGGGUCGACGCCAGCGGCCGCGGCGUCCUAUUCCUGCCCAACAUGACGGCGCAGCUCUUCGCCGGCUGGUCGCAGUCCCCGCUCGCCGACGAGGCCAACAACGCGGGCAACCCGGAGCACUACCUCAAGCGCACCCGGGAGAUCGCGCCCGGCGUGCUGCGGUCCGAGAUCCUCGAGGGAUGGGGCGGCGUCACCACGCACUUCACCGUCGAGGACUACGGCAUGCCGCCCAACCGCCAGAAGUGGCCUUUCCUCAACACGCUGCCCGACUUCCCCAUCCAGGCGGCCGGUGGCAAGACGCUGCUCGAUGGCACGCUUUUCGGGGUCCUUCACAUCUCCGUCCGCGAUGUGCCCGGCGAGGAGUUUGGCGAGGAGCAGGACGGUAUUGAGAUCUACGCUUCGGUUUGGUAUGGCGAUGGGGUCGAUGACGACCAUCUCGAGGAUGAGCGUACGCACAUUAUCACGGAGAUUGUCAACCUCAGCCUCCAGGCUCAGAGGGAUGUUGAGAGCGGUCGCUUCCCCCCUUCUGGCAACUAAGGAAUGAGAAGGAUUGCCAUGGUGGGAAUUGGAAAGAUGGAAUCUAUUCUCUGGUGAUGGGGGACGAGGGAUUGAACGGGGCAAACUGUACGUACAUGGUACUUAGAUCUGACUGCAUCGUCGGUCCAUAAUACACCCCGGAGAUCUCACGCCUUCUUGAAAUGAUUAGGUACCUACCUCG